AUGCCAGCAAAAGUUAAAAUUAAAAUCUUAUCAUGCAGAAAUCUCCCAGUUAUGGACAAAUCAAAUUUAACAACAGAUGCAUUUGUUGAAGUGAAAUUAGGAAACAUCACGUACAAGACAGACGUCAAAAGGAAGAGUUUAAAUCCUGUAUUUAAUUCUCAGUGGUUCCGUUUUGAAAUUGAUGAUCAGGAAAUUCAAGAUGAACUGUUGCAUAUACGCGUUAUGGACUAUGACACUUAUUCUGCUAAUGAUGCUAUCGGAAAAGUUUGUCUAAGUUUGAAUCCGCUUCUUCUGCAUAAUGAUUCGAAAGGACUGAAUGGCUGGUAUCCAAUUUAUGAUACAAUUCAAGGCAUUCGUGGGGAAAUCAAUUUCAUCGUUAAAGUUGAGCUAUUCUCUGAUGCCAAUAAAUUUAGACAAAGCUCAUGUGGCGUUCAGUUCUUUCAUUCAAAUUCAAUUCCUUUCGGUUAUCAUGCUGUAAUUCGUGGUUUUGUAGAAGAAAUGAUUGUUGACGAUGAUCCAGAACAUGAUUGGAUCGAUAAAAUCCGAAGAGCUUCCGCCUCUAAUGAAGCAAGACAGCAGACUUUCUUAAAACUAGCUGGACAGAUUCAAAGAAAAAUAGGCCUUAAAGCCAUCAAUCUUGGUGGAAAUGCAGUGUUGGGAUUUCAACAAAGAUUUGAUCUUGAGAAGGACACAAUAAUAGCCAGAGGAAUUGGAACUUCUGUAACACUCGUCAAAAUUCAAAGUGAACCUAUUAACCCUUCCAUGCAUGUACAGAACAACAUACCAGAGGAUGAAAAGUCGAAAACUGCUUCUAAAAAUAAUGAAAGUUUAAAAGUAGAUUUAAAAAUAGCAAGAGAUUUGGCUAAUGAGCGAAAUUUAGUAUUUGAGCAGAAGCAAAGACAGGAAAUUAACAAGACAUCACUUCAUCCUGAGCAUUCAAAAUCACUUUUGAGCGUGCCUUCCAUUUAUAUCGAUAAUCUUGAUACUGCAUCGACAAUUUCUACUCCAUUUGAUACUCCAUCAAUGUGUGAUGAACGUUCGAUUGAGGAUGUAGAAACUGUCAGCAUGAUUGUUAGAAAUGUAGAAGCGAUGGAUAGAAGCUUUUUUGAAUUUGAAUUGCCAAAUACUUCACAAGAAGCAACCACAAAAGACCAUCAUCAUGAAAUUAAGAAACAUCAUGAUUUUAUUCAUGAUUUGAAAGGAAGUAUUCAAGAGAAAUUUCACCAUUUAGUACAUCAUGAUCUCCAUUCUCAUAAAAAAGAGCUUCCUCAUGACCAUUCAAAAUCAAAAGAAAUACUUCAUGAUUUUAAAGAAAAUUUUAGUGGAAAAAUUCAUCAAAUUGCUGAAAAAAUUCAUCAUAUCCAUAUGCCACAUACCCAUCAUCAUGAAGAUACUCUUAUUGCGCAAGCCAUGCAAACAAUUUUAUUGGAACAAUUUAAUGUUGCGGAAGCUUCAACUUCUGUUCAAACACCUACACCAGCUGAUUCUAACGUCAUUCAAAAGAGAAAAUCCAGUUCCUCAAGUUUGCAAUCCAUCAAACAAAAAUUCAAUCUUUUUCAGCGACCACGUCGAUCAGUUGAUCUGCAAAGUGAAACGAAUAGCUUAAAAUCAAUUUGUGAAGUUAAUUCGGGUAGUCUUCCUGACAAAGAGCCUAUCAAACAAUUAUUUGAGGAUAACCAUCCAGAAGAAAAACUAUCGGUUGGGUCUUAUGAAUCGACAAUAACAAUUGUUCCUCUAUCGGAACAAAAAGCCAUCUCAAAAGAUGAUUUGAAGCUCAGUGUGCAAAACUUUGACUCAUUCAUAUCAAAUAAAAAAUCAUGCGAUAAUUGUUCUUGCAAAAGUGCAACAUUCACUGCUGAUACUAACAAAAAACCAUUGCAUGAAUCCCUCUUAUCUUUGUCUAGAAAUGAGUUGCUAUCUGCAAGUCCUAACGCAAAAGCACACACACGCACAGAAUCAAUAGGAUGCAAAUUUUCUGCGAGUCCUUCUAAGCAACAACAGACAUGUGCAUCUGGUGGAAGUUUGCCAGCAUCAACUGCAAUUUAUAGGCGCUCGUCAGAUUCCGACUUAAGCAUCACACCAAAAGGAAACUCAUUAACACCUGGUUUUGAUCGAAAUGCUGUAAAAAUGCCAUCGAGUGCAGUUCUGAAGCCUCUUAAUCAAGAAAAUAUGGACAUGCUUGAAUAUCCUUUCUUAACUCUUACGAAAUAUCCGAAAAAUUUCAUUAUUCAUCUCGGCGCUACUGUAAGUGCAAGAAGUGUCAAAUUACUAGACAAAUCAACAAAUCCUGAUGAUAUGGAAACUAGAGAUUCAUGGUUUAAUGAAUUGAGAAUGGAAAUUAGAGGACAUGCAAAAUCAUUAGGAUGCAAUGUAGUUUUAGGAUACAAUGAAACUGUUUGUGUUAAUGACGACAUCACAAUUUUAUCAGCAACUGGAACAGCAGCUAUUAUAAAUCUUCAUUAUUCAGACAGCAAUAAUCAUGAAGACGGUGAAAUUAAAAUUUCAAAAACGGUAAACCCCAAAGAGUUAUUACUUGCAACAUCUGUGGAAGAAACAAUGCAAACGGUUGAAGAAAAUAAUCAAAAGAUUAUAAUUUCAUCUGACAUAGACGAAAAAUUGAAUGGAGAAGACAUCAACGACGUUCUUAAUAACGUUUCGGCUAAUGCAUCUGGAAACAAUGCAAUUAACGGAAAGCAUGCGCCACAAAGUUGCAACAUUUGUCACAUACCUUAUUCUCGUUCAUCAAUUCAAGUUGGUGGAGCUAAUAUUGGGAAGUGCUGUGUAUGCAAGCGCGGCUAUGUUCCAGACGUUAUUUUAGCAACUAUUGAAUUGCCAGACAAUCUUCAAGUUGUUGGAACAGGAUGCUUAAUUCAGGCAACUGUCUGCAGACCAAAGCGAGAUUUACGCUCAGAAUCAAAUGCCAAAGAAAUAAGCGAUGGAUUGCCAUUUUUAGAAUACGAGCUGCACCGUUUGCUUAUAAAUAAGCUGAAAGUUAAAGGAAUGAAUGGAAUAUUUCGUCUAAACGUUCAAGUAACUAUUGGUGACAAAAUAAUGUCUCUUAUAGGCACUGGCACUGCUGUAUACAUGUCGGCGCUGCAUCCUCCAGUAGUUCCAAAAAUUGUAGCAGGAAAUGCCUUCAAUGAGUCUUCUGAGAAACUUGCUGAACUUCAAAAAAACAUACAGAAUACAGUUGAAAAAAAUCGCGAGACAUACCGUUUGACAAAUCAACCAGUCGUCAACGACAUUAUUAAUGAUAUUCAAAAAUUAAAUAAAAACUUUUCUGACACAGAAGACUCGGAUAAUGAAGAAAAAUUAGAUUAUGCAAUAGGAAAUAAACAAACAUGCAUAUUGGAAAUUGAUGAUAUUCAAGAUUUGGAAUUAUUCAACAUGCUGAUGGAGCAAAGCUCACAUGAAGGAAUAAAAAUAGUAAAUAAUCAAAAAGUUCCAGGAUAUGAUUAUGACGUGGAAAAUAUUCGAAACUUGCAAAUGUUUGUUCAAGUAUGGCGCACAAAAAUGCCAUCAAGUCACCAGUCAAAUAGUAAUUUCGCACGUCAUUUUCAACGUCUAUUACAGUCGAUAUUCUUUAAGCUGCGUGGUGCCGUUCCUUGUCAUAUAACAAAUGUACAGUUCCAAUUAGAUUUACCUCAGGACGAGAUACAGCUCUUAAUUACGGGAAUGGUUCUAAAAGCGACAACAAAGGCUAAAAGUAAACUUGUGCAAUCUAUUAGCCAUGACAGAAAACUUGACGAGGAACUAAUAUUUAGUUUAGAAGAAGAAGAUGCAAUAUCGGAAAUUACUUCACCACAAAAUAAGCUACAUAAAAAAAGCUCAGGACAAUUUAUAAAUUCAACAAAAAUGACAUUUAGGAAUGAUAAGUUCGUCGAUAUUUCACCGUUAAGUUUUGUUCCUGGAGCAAAAAUCGAAAAAUAUCUAGGCAAUUUGAACUUUUGCUUUAUCCGUGAAACGCAAAAUGUUCGAGACUACGGAGGUAUUUGCGGAUUUGUUCAUACCUUUAUAACUGAGCUUUUGUCCAUUGUACGAGCACAUAUUCACAUAUUGGGUGGUAAUAUGCUAAUCGCAUAUUAUAUGACAGAAUUGAUAUUAAUUGAUAAUCCACACAAAAAUCAAGCUCAGUGCUUAGUCAACGUGGGCGGAGAUGCAGUCUUUUGUACUUAUGAUGACAAUUAA